UUUUAUAUGCAAUGUAGUCUUGAUGUUGAUAUCAAUUUUAGCCAACACCACUAACCAAAUAUGAAAAAGUUUAAUCCUAAAAUUCAAAUCGAACUAAUCCACCUAAUCCUUUGAACCAAAAACGGCCCUUAAAGAUAUUACCUAUCAAAUUAAAAUUGAGAUGAAAACUUUGAAAAGACAGGAUACUAACAUUAUGUCGAUAUAGAUCACUUUCAUGUGGUAUCUUCUUAUCUGUACGUAGCUAUGUCCUUCUCCACAUCUCCAUUUACUAGCUCAUCUCAGCUCCUUACUUCUCUUCUUUGAUUACUCAGCUUUUCAGCAUAAUAAAAUAGUUCAUGAGAAGAUAAUUGUAUGUUUGAACUUUAGUCUCAGAUUGCUACUAGGAAAGGUCUAAUUAUACUGUCUUGGUCUCUGUUUAUAGGAAGAAAGUGUUUCCAAAAAGACAAACAGCUUCGUGUUAGGCACUGUUUGUCUCUUCCGGUACUUGUACAAAAAAUCCCAAGAUAAACACAAAAACACACACCACUUGUUUUCUAUACUCUCUUCUUUCAUUCCCCAUCACAAAAGGAGGAGGAAGGCUAUAAGCAACACAAAAUUGAUGAUAUGAUAAAGAUGAUUUUCACUUGAAUUGGCAUUGAUAGUACAACUUCUAGUCAAUUUUGCAUAACAAAAAAACAUCAUAGUAGUUUGAAUUCCAAUAAUUAUAUGGAAUCUUAUUAUCGUACUCAACGGCUACUUCCUGAUACACAUCCUGUUCUACAAGCUAGUAAUGAAAGCAAUUCAUUUCAUGAUUACUCCAAGGAAGCAAGUUUCGACACCAACAUGAUUAUUAUCCUAGCAGCUCUGCUCUGUGCAUUAAUAUGUGUACUUGGGCUAAAUUCAAUUGUGAGGUGUGUCUUAAGAUGUACCCGGAGAUUUUCUAUCGAGUCAAUAGACGCAAGGGCUGAACGCCUAGCUGCAACGGGGCUAAAGAAGACCACGUUGAGGCGGAUUCCAGUGGCUGUUUAUGGAUCAGGAAUUCAUAUUCUAGCGACGGAUUGUCCCAUUUGCCUGGGUGAGUUUAUGGAUGGUGAGAAAGUGAGAGUCUUGCCAAGAUGUCACCAUGGCUUUCAUGUGAGGUGCAUAGACAUUUGGUUGGCUUCACACUCUUCUUGCCCAACUUGUAGGCAAUCAUUGCUUGAACAACCUGUGAUGACAUCCUCUGAUGAUGCAGGGGAUGUUGAAGCUGGAUUGAGAUAGCCUAGAACUUCACGUGCAGGGGAAGUUGAUUAAUUUGCAAUGCCUUUUUUAUUUAUUUAUUAACGGCGUUGUUUUGACCAAAUGAUCCACACAUUUUACAGGAUAUCUGAUAGCUCCCACCAUCACAGAUACAUGUAACUUUGCCACCAAUAUUUAGGCAAAUGGAAAGUAGUUAGCUAGCAUUUCUUUUUCCUCUGCCAAAUUUGACUGCAGUAGAUUUUUUUUGGAAGUUGAUAUAGAAGGUAGGAAAUGGGUUAUAAAGGAUUGAUUUUUUCCUCCCUUUUUGUAAA